UGUUGACCUAACCAAGGAAGAAACAAAUGAUUCCAUUAGUUCUAAAACCAGCGCAUCUGAAGAGAAAACUGUCCAGCAAGAAGAUGGCAGCGUAUUCUCUUUCAUUACCUGGAAUAUUGAUGGACUGGACAUGAACAAUCUGCUAGAGAGGGCUCGAGGGGUGUGUUCCUAUUUAGCUUUGUACAGCCCGGAUGUGAUAUUUCUACAGGAAGUUAUUCCCCCAUAUUAUGCCUACCUAAAGAAGAAAGCAAGUAGUUACAAGAUUAUUACAGGGCAUGAAGAAGGAUAUUUCACAGCUAUAAUGUUGAAGAAAUCGAGAGUGAAGUUUAAAAGCCAAGAAAUUAUUCCUUUUCCAAAUACACAGAUGAUGAGAAACCUUUUGUGUGUGCAUGUGAGUGUGUCAGGAAAUGAACUCUGCCUUAUGACUUCUCAUUUGGAAAGCACCAGAGGGCAUGCUAAGGAACGAAUGAAUCAGUUGAAAAUGGUUUUAGAGAAAAUGCAAGAGGCUCCAGGAUCAGCUACAGUUAUAUUUGCUGGAGAUACAAAUCUCAGGGAUCAAGAAGUUACCAAAUGUGGUGGUUUACCCAACAACAUUUUGGAUGUCUGGGAGUUUUUGGGCAAACCUAAGCACUGCCAGUAUACCUGGGAUACACAAAUGAACUCUAAUCUUGGAAUAGCUGCUACUUGUAAGCUUCGUUUUGAUCGAAUAUUUUUUAGAGCCGCAGCGGAAGGUGGCCACAUUAUUCCCCAAAGUUUGGACCUGCUUGGGCUGGAAAAACUGGACUGUGGUAGAUUUCCCAGUGAUCACUGGGGUCUUCUGUGCAACUUAGAUAUAAUAUUGUGAACUGCUUUUCAAAUACUAGUUUUAAAUGUUUGAAGUGAUUUUGUUCUGUGAUUAUAAUUUCAAUUAAAUUUCUAUUUGUUCUGGAAAGGUAGUUUACCAAGGAGGAAUUAUAAACUGGAUCAUUGUAACAGAAGGAAAAACUACUGUGAUUUUGUUUUGUGGAUUGUGUCCUCAGAUUUCAGAACUAAAUCUUAAUGUUCAUUUAAGCUAAAGCAUACCUGUGUUGAAAACAUGAGGCCUCUUAAUGCAAAGUCACAAUGGCUACCAGAGCUUUUAAUAGUGUUCAUAGCUGCUGGCUGGAUUUCAAGCAGGGCCACAUUUUGUCUGUGGACUAGCCUUUAUAUUAGAUUUAUUUUUUAAAUCAGGUACCAAAAUAGUUAUAUUUUAAGUAAGUCUUCAAAAUAAAAAGGUUACAGAGUCCUUGGGAUUGGAUCUUUUAAUACUGUUUCAUAAAUCCAGAUAAUCUGAUAGUUAUUGUCCAUCAGAUUUUUUGUCAAACUUGAGUUUGUAGUUAUGUCAUUGAUAAUGAUUAAAGCCAGUUUUCCAGAGGCAUUGGGCUCUUUUUCUAAGGGAAAAAUAUGUCAACAGAAAUAGACAUUUAGUUUUACUGCUUGUAAAACUGAAUUUUUCUCAGGAGGUGAAUAAGGAACACUUCUACGUGUGCUUUAAGGAAACAUUUUUUUUUUCCCCAAAAGAGGGUAUACUUUAAAUAAAGACUUUUGCUUGUUUGUAGUCUGUGUUAACAUGCUUUUGUGCUCGUGAUGGAAUUGAAGUCAUUCCCUGCUUCCUAUUUCUGGCUGCACAGCUACUGCAGCUUCACCUUUGUGUGGAAGAAAGCAGCUUUUUCAUUACUUCUCACUCUGCCAAGUAUUACCAGGAAUUGACUUCCUCAAUAUACAGAAAGGAAAACUGGUGGUAAAUAAUUGGAAUAAGUGGCAGAACCUUGUUUUCAUCAGGAGUGUCAAAAUUAAGAUCCAAAACACCUUUAAAAAGACAAACUGAAUGUGUACAUAUGGUUUGUCACAAUUGAAAAGAGGUGUAUAUGUUAAUUGUUUAAGAAAAUGAGAAUUAAUGCUAAAAUUUUAGCAUAUAUUAUGGAAGCAAUAGUUCAUUUUUUGUGGGAAAAGGAUGUUUGGGGCACAAACUGCUUAUUCACUUGAAAGAAGAGUUAGAAUAACUCUACCACACUUCAUAUUACCAAAAAAAAAAUCUGGAUAAGUGACAGGCUAAAUAUAAAAAAAAAAUGUAGUACUGUGUAUUCGAUUAAAUAAUUACUAAAUUGUUUUAAAAACUGGAAAGGAGUAUCAUUUCCUUAAUAUGACUCAACAUCCAAGUUAAAUACCUUCCCAUUUACUGCUUAUAGUGACAAAAUCUAAAAAACAAGUUAGAAGUUAAUAAAAACAAUAAAGCUACUUUUCAUCUGCUUUCCAGAGGCCAUAGUUCUCUUAAUGCAAGAAUAAAGACACUACUACUCAGUA